AUAUGAAGUGAAGUUUCAAGUACCAAUGGAGUGUGGUGGUGCCUACCUGAAACUGAUUAGCAAAUCAGACAACCUCAAACUUGUAAGGCUAAAAGGGAUAUCAUCCUAAACUAGUAAAUUACCAUGCCCAAUCAUUCCAGUAAGACACUGUCAGAUAUUUUUCUAUUGGGUCAAAAUUUCACUGAGAAAUUGAGCAACUAAACCUAUCGUUUUGGACUAGAGUAAACAGUUCGUAAAAAGUGUUCUAUACCAUCGACGUUUCUUUGAUAUCAGAAAUCUUUUGAAACUGAUGUUUCAGUAUUUCUCUAAAAUGGCCACCUCUUUAUGGUCCGCGUAGUUCACAUAAACCCGUUCUCCAUUAUUUUCGUUCUCCAGAAUUUUUAUCCCGGCCGUUUGCUCACGCUUGUUAUGCAAAUCAAAUCCAAUUUUCACAAUGGAAUUGCGACUUCUCUAAGAUAGACAAUUUUUUUUCUCCAAGAUAGACAAUGAUCAACGCAGCUGAUCUGUUAAAGAUGUUGAUAUUUUUCACAAGGAAACAUGCUCUAUCGUAAAUGAUAUAAAAAAUUCCAUUAUUAAUUAUAUGAAACGUUCAGUAUCACUUGAUGCUGACUUAUACUGGGGACCGAGUGAACCCCCUCUUCCCUUCUCCCUCUUCUCUCCCUCUUCUUCCCUGCCCUGUCUCCCCCCUUCAACAUCCUGUCACUUCCAGAAAAUCCGUCUAUGGAAUAUCUUUGGGGCUAAUAUACAUUUAUUUAUAGAGUGAAUUUCAAGACAAAACACCAUACACCAUUAUGUUUGGUCCUGAUAAGUGUGGUAUGGAUAAAAAGGUGAGAUAAAAUGCUACAUUAAUAUUUCGGGUGAUGCACUGCAUGCACGUUACUGCCGUCACUAGGCUUGAUAGAAGUAUAGUUUACAUGUAUGUAGCUGUGAGGUGGAGCUCAAAUUUCUUAAAGUGCAGGUUUUAGCGAUGGAUUUUGUCGAGUCGACUUCUCUCUCUUGCAGCGCGUCAAAUUUUACCGAGUCGAAUCUUAGCAAAACAGAAAACUGCAUUAUUUUCCUAGUGAUAGAUUAUAGUAUAAUUGCAAACGAAAGGUUGUUCAUGCAGCAAUAAUAAUGCUACGAGGUCUUCUCGCCAACAUUUCAGUCCCUUUACAGUUGAUUUCACAUAACUUUUCCCUAAAUGUUGCAAACUUCGUUCCAAUGUUUGCUGCGAAGUUCAAAAGUUCAUAAUCAUAUUCACAAACCGUUUGUAAACAAUGCAUUUGAUUGGCUUCUCUUAGUUCAGGGGCCAGUCAAAGGCUUUGUUUACAAUCCAGCUUAUGAAUUUCAAUAUCAUAUGAACUUUUAAACUUCACAACGCAGUUGGGAACGAAGUUCGCAACAUUUAGGGGAAAAGUUAUGUGAAAUCGACUGUAACCGGCUUUUAAACUUUCGUUUAAGCAUGGUGACUAGUUUUAAUAUAGUACAUCAAAAUUAUCCUGCCUUCCACCCCGUCCCGGCAAACAGCUCAGUAAACAGCUCCUAAGAGCAGACGAUUUCCUUUUACAUGGCGAUAGGCCUAGUAAUUUUGGCGCAAGUAAAUAAGUUGGGCGUAACGUUUAGCUUUGUAUAUCAGUAUGGUAAUAUAAAGCCCUGAAAGCCUGAUGGAGUAUUUUAUCAUGAUCUGGUUUGUUUCUUGUUCAGCUUCACUUCAUCUUCCGGCACAAGAACCCGAUCACCGGAGACUACGAAGAAAAGCACGCAAAAACACCAACCGGAAAGUUUGAUCAAAUGUUUGAUGACAAAAAGCCGCAUCUCCUUCGCCUGGUUUUGCAGCCAGAUAACAACUUUGAGAUAUCUCUGGAUGGCAGCAGUAUCUCCACCGGAAGUUUACUCUCGGAUGUCGAGCCUCCUGUCAACCCGCCAGCUGAGAUUGAAGAUACGGAUGAUAAAAAGCCAGAGACCUGGGACGAGCGCGAGAAGGUUCCUGAUCCGGAUGCGGAGAAACCAGAGGACUGGGACGAGGAUGCCCCAGCGACAAUCCCAGACCCUGAUGCUAAGGUAAAAAGAAUUUUGGUGUACAUAAUAUGAAUUGUGUGGCCAUGGCAUUGCUUUAUAACAAUUAGCUACAACGACUUCGAGUUACAGUAUUGUUAGGGCCUGUUCAUAUGGGCAAAAGUUAUCUCGGUUAGCGAGAAAACUUUUCGACAAGUUUACAAGCGAGAUCUCGCCUUUGUAUGAAAAUAAUAUGAAAAGUUACACUGCGUUCAUAUGAGACAAAACGUUUUCCCGUGUACCGAGAUCUCGCUUGUUGACAGGCGAGAUCUCGGUGACCGGGAUAAUGAUUUUCUCAUAUGAACACAACUUUCCCGCUUAGCGGGAUAACUUUCUGUCGUGUCAGCAACUUUUCAAUUCAAUUGAUGUUCAGUGCCACGUCACAGCCGAAAACUUUACCCGGUAAGCGGGAUAAAGUUUCUCCAUAUGAACAGAACAAAAGUAUUUGGCUAGUCGAAAAGUUUUCUCGUUAACCGGGAUAACUUUUGCCCAUAUGAACAGGCCCUUAGUGAGCUUAAGCAUGGAUUGUAAAAUAACUGGAUAGGAAACUUCCUGACGUCACAGUCUAAACCUAGUUGCAAUCUGUGACGUCACGCGUAUUGCCGAAGUUCUCAGCAUUUUUGUUGUUCGCUAUAUUCUCCGCUUUAAAAGAGUAAUAUUGAAGCAUAAACUGGUCUAAUUGUUUUAAAAACAUGCCUAAGCCACAAAUGUUUAGCUGUAUUAUUGCUAAACAUGUCGUUUUUGAGAAUUUGGUUUGCAACUAGGUUUCAACAUCCAACCAUGCCAUCGGCCCAUUGAAAACAUUACGUCACGUCAGCUAGUUUCCUAUCCAUUUAUUUUAUUAUCCAUGGCUUAAGUAAGCGACGUUUUUGUCAACACAGACAUCACACGAAAAUUGGUAUAACUAAUUUUUUGGCGACAUUUUGCAUGAUAGCGCUCGGGUAAGGAAGCAAAAUCUUAGGGACGGGUCAUUAUUUAUGGAGUGGCACCGAAGAGAAAUGUUUUUCCUGGUAAAAAUUUUGCUGACCCAACCAUUAAAAAGCAAAAAAUUUGAUUACCCAACACCAAAUAUCAAUUAAAAAUUAAAUACCCACCCCUGGCCAAAACCUUUACAAAAGAAUACCAUUCAGUUGUCACACAUGUCCUUUACCAAUUUUGUGACACAAGUUUGAUAACUAAAGUUUCAUGUUGUAUGUACAUAUGUACUUUCUUUGGAGACACCAUUUGUCUCCCAACAAAUCGGAAAAUGAUCAAGAUAGUGACUCUGAUUGAUUCACAUAUUGUAUUGACAUACGACUGUUGACAUUGCUUUUCAGUCUCCAAUAUUUAAGUGAGUCAUGCUUUGGAAAUGACAAUAACUUUUUAUUACCCAACCCUUGCUCAAGUUGUUUUGUUUUCCAUUUACCCAACCUUUUAGUUACUCAAAAUUUAUUUAGUUUACCCAACCCUUUUCUCUUCGGUGCCACCCCCCGCCAUAAAUAAUGACCGGUCCCUAAUGUUUUGUCAUAUACUGUAUGUUGAAGAUUACCACAAACAGACACAAACUCAGUUUUUAAUUCAGUCUCCCUCGGCAAUCUGACGUCCGUGUUGACAAAAAUGUCGCUUGCUUAAUAUACACUCGAACCAGGGACGCCGGAACGAUGUGAAGGCAAGGGGGGAAGAUUUUCGUGAAAGGGCACUUUUCAAUGGAUAUAUAUAUACUAAGAGAUAUUUGCAAAACAUCGGGAGUUGAACUUCGCCUAAUCAUGUUUUCUGUAUAUUGGAUGAUAGGGGUGUGAGGGGGUUCUCCGCCAGGCGAUUGUGCUAUUCUUGAAGCUCGAUGACUGCAUUUCUUGCGUUUUCUGAAGCAAAUUCGUAAAAUAAUUGCACUAACAUUUCUGACAAUUCGCUAUUUCGUCAAGGCAAUCCUUUAAAUUGAAAGGGCACCUUUGCCCCCCUUGCCCCUCCUAGUAAAGGGCAACGGGGGGCGGCUGCCCCUCCUGCCAUCCCCAGUUCCGGCGUCCCUGCUCGAACCUUUAAUACGGUCAGUGAAACGCCGAAGAGACAGAAUAAAGUGUUCGUAUUAGAGAGGUGUUUUUCAAAAUAAAGAAAAUAUCUAUUCAUGUUAAAACAGCCAAAUGAACUACACAGAUAAAACAUAUCCCUUUGGCUUGAACCCUUGUUCAAGGAGCUCAACAGUGUACCCAUCGAACCUAAUUUGAUCAAGUACCAAGCCUAACCAUCCCUCCUGAACGUAAACCGAUAUUUUCACACAACUGCAGCAGUACUGAACUGUCGAGAACUCAAAGAAAAUGUUUUGCAGCUAGAAAUACUGCAGCUAGAAAUCCUGCAUUAUCACACCUUGGUUAAUCUAACUGCAAACAGGAAAUUGUUCAACUUACACCAACUAUCAUGACCUGAUCAUCCCAGUGACCAAUAUGGUGAACUCAUAAAUUCUAGUUUCUCAUAAAUAACUAGAGGGCACUCGGAGACUACAUACCUCCGCCAGCGAAUUCAGUUUUGUAUCAUGCAUAAAUUAUACAAUGGACUAAUUACACAUUUAGCUUAUUAGAAUGUUAGGGUUUGUAAUCCAAGUGAGAAUAUAUACAUUUUAAGACCUAACCAGGAACGACUGCGAAAAAUGCAGCACAAGGUCCUCUGGUAGGAAUUGAACCUACGGCCCUGCGAUUCCGGUGCAGCGCUCUAACCAACUGAGCUACAGAGGCCAGCUGUUGAGCUGUAACCUUAAGUUCUUGUGUAUAUAGGUAAUCGGGUGUGCGGGUUGUGAUAAGGUGGACUUCAAUGAUUAGGAUUAUAAAUUUAACCAAAAUUCGAACAAUUUGACUUGGGCAAGGUCCAUAGUUCCACAAAUUUUCGUAUUAAUAUGUUUAUUGUUUAAGUUAUCGUGCUAACAGAAAAACACACAGACAGUAACCUCCUGGCAGAAGUAACGAGGGUGUCUACAGUAGUAUGAUCCUGAGGUCCACAGACCACAAUAGGGAGUUUACGCAUGUAAGACGGCAACAUCAGGACGACGGCUAUCAAUACAAUGUCAUUAAUCCUAUAGCACAAAAGAAAUGAAUGAUUAAAAGUAUAUCUGGAGUUUCAGAUGUCGUCCAGGCUCUGUUGACGACGGCAAAAUGCAUAUUUUCACGUCUUGUAAACUACGCCAGCAUUUCAAGCCGUGGCAGGCAAUUUUUCUAGCAGAGUUGAUCAAAAUUGCUCUGAAGGUUAAAAGCCCUGUUUCACUACUGUAGUUCUAACCUGUAUUAAAUUCAUAUGAAAGUAAAUACAAGACAAUGUUUCCAUACAAUCAUUUAUUUCGAAAAGUUUGUUUAGCCGUCGUCCUGACGCCGCCGUCUUACAUGCGUAAACUCCCUAAUGACGACCUCCAUUCGUUCUGAACUGUUUCGACAAAUUUACUGUAAAAUGGGAAUUUCCAACGACUGCAUGUUCGUAUGUAUAUAUAUUUUCUAGAAACCUGAUGAUUGGUUAGACGAUGAACCGCGAUAUAUUCCAGAUCCUAAGGCUGUAAAACCUGAUGAUUGGGAUGAUGAAGAAGAUGGUGAAUGGGAACCGCCUCAGAUAGGUAACACCCUAGUCAGACCAUAGAAAUAAUAGAUGAUGGAUUAUCUCUGAUGAGAAUCAAACGUACAGUACUAGUACGGUACAUGGAAAAGCUGGUCACAGACGAGCACGUUUUUUAUGACAAAUUUUAUUUGCCAUGCAAUUGCGCGUGUGUACGUACAUUAAUGACAGUUUUUUUUAUGACAUGUUUUUUGUGUUCUACUACAACAAUAUACAUGUUACUGAGGGGCUUUAAAUAACAGUUUCUUCCAACUGUUGUAAAUCUGCAUAACGGUGUUUGCAGAAGUUCACAGGCAAACUUUGUUCUUAGUUUAACCCAUUAAGUUGCAAUGCACCAGAAUGCGCUCUACUUUAUUAUUUUACUCUGUCUAACACCAGGCGAUUUUACUCGUCAAUGGGUUAAACCUUGGGUUAAGCCUUGCAUCUCUACAAACGAAUCAAUUCAAUUUUCUAGUCAAUUCUAAAUGUGAGAAAGUUGGGUGUGGUCAAUGGGAGCGACCAACUAUUGAUAAUCCUGAGUUCAAAGGAAAAUGGAGUGCACCACUUAUUACAAACCCGAACUACCAGGUACGCUUCCUUGUGUAGCUGAUCUUACAUCUAUAGGACUAGAUUGAGCAUUGUUUUAAAUACAGCGAGCCAAUUAUUUUGAAGCCGGAAUAUCUAAAAUAAAUUUAAUCUGUCAAAUUUAAUCGUUCAAUUUUUUUAAGUAUAAAAUCUAAAUUAGUUCUGCUACCAAGCAAUUGUCUUUUCAUUUGUAACUUGAAAAGUAUGUGUUUUAGAACGAGUCAAUAAUGAGUUUUAGAAAACUAGAGAGUGAGACUAUAUAGUGUGGUGUGUCAAAGUGACAAACAUUUAUGUAUAUGUCUUUGAAGGGCAUAUGGAAACCAAGACAAAUACCCAAUCCUGACUUCUUUGAGGAUAAAGAACCUUUCCGAAUGACAACUGUGGUAGGUAUCGAGCGUUGUUGAGAAACAAUAAAAUAUUAGUUCUAGCUACUUAGUACUAAGAUUUGGAUUUUAGGGUACGUUUACACACCGCGACUUAUAACAACCGUGUAGAUUUUAAGUUUUAUAUACGUACGUAUAGAAUAGUAGGAAACGGAUAUAUAGGAAACGUAAUCAUCUUGUGAUCCAGAGAAAGUGUCUGGAAAAACCUUUGUUUUUACACCCUGUAUUGUUUUUCCAAAUUGCACGAAAUACCAUACUUAGUCUACAACUAGUAUAGUAUAAACCAUACUAACCGCGCAGAAACAAAUUCAUUGUCACUUCCAUGCGUGAAACACAUGUGUAAUAAGUAAUUUAUUCACUCAUUUGAAUGACACAACAAGUUAAUACAAGUUUUCAACUGUUGGAGAUCAAAACUUAAAUCAAAACGACUUUUGUUGUGUUGCUAGCCACGUAUUUCAUUUUUGAAACUGUAUUUCAAUAAAAUUGCACUCCUCUUAGCCAACCAGAAUCAAGUAAUUUUUUCCUGUUAAUUAUUAAUAAACAAACUGUUGGGUAGGUUGCUUUAAAGUUUCCCGGCCCGCCAAAAUCCUGCCCACUGCAAAUCAGGAUCAGACCCCCCAUAAAAUUGAGGGCCUGCCAUGCAGGCUACCUAGGAUUAAGCUCGCCGCUUUUGAACACGCGCUCCCUGGUAAAUAUUUUGAUGUGUUUUCAUAUUGCAGGCAGCUCUUGGUUUUGAAUUGUGGUCAAUGACUGAAGAUAUCCUAUUUGAUAACUUGUUGAUUACUGAUGAUAUUUCUGUGGCUGAAAAGCUUGCUGAAGACAGGUUUGUUACAAACGGAAAUUGAUUUCCCUCAUUCUUUUCAUGCCAAGUUUCAGAAUCCUAGGCUUUUCGUGUUAGUGGUCAGUUCACUUCCUAGAUUUUAAAAACUUAAUAAUUUGUUAUAAGAAUGGUAAGGGUGAAAUUGUACAGUACCUCUGUCAAGUUUGUAUAGUGUAUUCGAUAGCCACCAAUCCGGCCAGCCACAACCUCAUGACGGCGAUGCAAGUUUUAUACUAAAUAUCUUGAAGAUGAGACCGUUGGUAAACGGGACAUCUGGAUAAACGGCGUGGCUACUACCUCCAUGGUCUAAGGCUAGGGGCUAACUCGAAAUUCAAAAACUUAGCUAAAUUAGGGACCAGACUUACAGUUACAGGCCUGUAUGUCUGAAACUUAUCUGAACCUGGUGCUACUGGCGGCUGACAACUCGCCACUACAGGCAUGGUAAACGGCUCAUAUAAACAUGCCUUGCAAUUCAAUUUCCAGUUCUAGAAAUGAUUACAUACGAAAAAUCGUGUGUUUUGUAAUCGUGUAUUUCGAUCACUCAAAGCAGUGUUCUGAUUCUAUGUCUUGCAUGCAUGUGACGUACUACAGUACAUACUGAUUUGGGAACAACCGAAACACCCAAAGAAUGAGUCAAACAUUGGGGAAAGCGUGCACAAAAACGAUGUUGAUUGGCAUUAUUCUCCUUGCAUGUUAGAUCUUAUAUACACUACAUAUCUUUUUGUAAGCUCUAUCCUGAAACCACUUAUAUUUGACGUAUAUUUGUAUUUUAUAGUUGGGCGCUAAAGGCUACAAAAGAUAGCAUAAUCUCUGGCGAGGUAAACAAAACGCGUGUACUAAACCUUACUUAAAUUUUGUUGCCAAUAUAAUCUUGAACUGUCUGUGCCAGUGUAGGUAAUGCCAAUAAUAACAAAACUUUCGCUGAUAGGGAUGCAACCAUAGAUAUCUUAUAUACACUAGAUAGUGCAUCUAAUUAUUCUGCAGUUCAAAAAUUGAAGCCGUGAUUGCAGUCUCAGGUCGUUCCCAUGAAAUGAGGAGAUUCGUAUGUUUUCUAUUUCUUAAACAGGGAACUUAAACGUUAAGUUAACCCUAUUCCAAAUACGUUUUUAAACUAUUCAAAUGACGAAAGUUAUUGUUUUUAAGCGUUUAUUAGCAAGUGGGAACGACCAACAUGGCCGCCAUCUAUUCAAAUGGGGGUAACCGCUGGACUAUUCUUGGCUUCAAUUUUACUAAAAGAGAUGCGCUAUCUAGUGUAUAUAAGACCUCUAUGGAUGCAACUACCUGAAAAAUACAAGCAGAAAUUCGACGUUUCGGACGUUGGGAAGUAAGUCGGGCCCUUGAAAGGGCCUUUGCUCGAAACGUCGAAUUUCUUCUUGUAUUUUUCAGGUAGUUGCAGGAACCAACCAAAGUUUUGUUACCAAUACCCUUUACGCGACCUACUCGAAAAUAAUCUUUGUUCAAAUGUCAGUUUCAUGUACCACGAAAUGCUAAAAUAGCAAACGUAACAAAAGUCAUUUUAUGUCAUAUUUAAUACCUAAAGAAGAAUAUUGAAUCAGAAUGAGCUAAAUAUACAAAUUUUAUUAUAUGGACAAUGGUGUUUUACUGGAAACUAAAACACUCGUAGAACUCAUACGUCACUACAUCCGGGACCAGGUGCGCAUAUUUUCCGUAUUUCACCCCUACGAGUGACAUACGAAGUUCGAAAAUUUCCCGCCAUUUUUAUUGUUGUUUCGAAAAUACAAAUGGUCUUUGGUUCGUAUUUAAAACGAAAUUAACGUUGGUAAUAAAACGCAAACAUUUAAAAGACAUCUUUAGAUAAGUGAAAUUUAUUCUAGUUUUAAGUUUGCACUAUAAUUUUAAAAAAUAUCGCUUUUAUACUGAUCUUUCGCUUGCUUAUAUUUACAUGUCGUCUUUGUGUGUAUUUUUGUCACUCUGAGUAAGUUCAUAUAAUAAACAGAACAUUAAACGGUUGCGAGAAGAUAUGGAUUUUAUGUUCUCGUGUCAAAAACAAUAUCUGCCACUCGAACAUAAAAUCCAUAUCUCUUCGCAACCGUUUAAUAUCCUUUAUUUAUAAAAAGGACAAAAAGCCAUCACGACAGAAAUCUGUGGCGUGGAUGACUUGCAAAGUUUGAAAAAGAACAAAUUACCUCGAAUCUAACUGUACACUGUAUAUCAAACCCGCUUGCGCUAGACUAUAGCGGUAAUAUUAUGAUUUCGUUGUGCUUUAAUUUUGCAAUAAUUAUCACAGACACAAAUAUGUUGAAAAUCCUUCUUAACUUUUUACAUAAAGCAUACAAAGCAUAUGCAUCGAUAAUGAACCGUAAAACUCAAAGUUGUAAACAGUGUGAACUUCGUGACCGUGUGACAUAAAACUGACAUGUUAACUCCAGCUAUUUUCGUCCUGGUCGCGUAAUUUUAAAAAUGGGUGUAAACACUUCUUCAGGUCUGGAGUUAGGCUCUUCACCGUAGUGUGUUUCGGGGAUAAUGAAGAUGAAGAGUCUGAGUCCCUGGUUUUCGCCAGUCUUGGUUAGCAAUAUCAAUACAAUAUUUAACAUGGUCAGUUAUUCGCUUUCCCUCCUCGUUCCAAUCCAGUUACCAUCGAAGGAAUAUCCGUGAUUAUUACUUUGCCACUGCAUGUACAUUACGUUUUCUGUUGUGUUAAAUAUAGGGUAGUAUUGUGAGUAACUUGAUGGAGGCCACUAAGGAACGACCAUGGUUAUGGGUGCUGUAUGCCGUUGUGGUUAUACUUCCUUUCAUCUUGAUAGCAGCUUGUUGCUACCCAAGCUCCAAGGUAGAGUAUUUAUUACAUCCAAUUGACUUACUACUGGACAUAAGCAACAGUGUAAUCUACACAAUAAACUGAAACGCUAACUCCAUUGAUCAAAUCGUAUGAUUGGUCAAAAUUGAUGCUCAGCGCGGAAACAGCACGAGGAAAAAACUAGGGAGAACUUCCAGGAGUUAGAAAUUCAGCUCAUCGCAAAACCACGCAAGCCCACUGCGAGUGCUAGCAUCUAAAAUUAAAAAAAACUAUCGAGCAUUGUGAUUUUGGAUGAAAGUACUCGCAGCGAUCUUGCGAGUUGGUUGUUGCGACGAGUGGAAAAGAGCCUUUAUUAUUCUGCAUGACGAAGAAAGAAUGGUUGUAACAAUUCACUCCUGCCGAUUUCACAUAUAGCUCUAAUGUGUAUAACAACUUGGUCAAUGCGAAAUAGUCACCAAAAUGUACAUUAUCAGAUAUACCAAGAACUAUUUUGUAACAUAAAUCAGUUCUAUAAGCUGCGUGUUUAGCAGCCGACAACAGCCUGGGACAAGCAGGGCUUGAAAUAACGUUUCCAAAGUUCCUGAUCAACAUGAUUGGCAGUCAUGACUUUUCCUUCUUUUCCGCCUAUCAUAUAUAAACAAUUUCUUGCCGAUCGGUGAUCGGCUGUUAUUUCUAGCCCUGGACAAGCUACAGUAUGACAAGAAUUACCCAUGAGUUCCAGAAACGUGACAUAGUAUAGAUUACCUACUACUUACAACCAAGUCGUUCUGACAAAAUGUCUUCAUCUUUAUUAACCUUUAACCCAUUUGCAACUUCCUUCGCAAAAUUAUCACCCGCGUUCCAUAGCAACCAAUCAUAUCAAUCUACUGAAAUGAAUUAAAACAAUCAGACGUUCCGACAGACCUGGGAUUUUCAAACGCUAUCUUCCCUGCGAAUGUUUCCUGACAGUUAUAAACUCUUCAAACGCUUUCGCUUUGGGUUUUUUUUGGCGAAAACAGAAUUUUUACACAGGAAGAUUUCUCGAAGACCCCAUUAUAUAGAACACGAAGAAUCAUGAUAUACAAUUGCCAAACACCUACACACGUAAAAACGCACAAGUUGUAACAAACCUGCAGCGGACUUGUAGCAAUGCUGUUCCAACAACUUGUUAACAGGAUGUGUUCGCACUGCUUGUUCCCAGCUUGUUGUCAACGGCUUGUUGACAACUUGCUACAAGGUUGUUGAGUUCAACAGAAUUGUUACAAGUUGUUCCAACAACUUGUUAUCGUCCUGCAAUUCAACAAUUUGUCAACAAGUUGUGAGUGACAAGUGACAACCUUGUAGCAACUUGAUAAAAUAACAGCAUUGUUACAAGUUACAACUUGUUGACAAGCUUGCUACAAGCUGGUUGCGAACACAUCUUGUUGACAAGUUGUGAGAUUUUUACGUGUGUACACUUUGGCUUAACGUAGACAUCUCACGGAAAAAUUUGAUUUGAUUUUUGCCUUGUUUUCUUGUUUAUUUUUCACUAUUUUGAAUCCAAUUCCCGCUAUUUCCAAAAUGCGAGUCCACAAUCAUGUUAAAAAUCAGGCCUUAAAAUAUCGGUCGGUCACGGACAUUGUCCGACCCAUUCGUGAAAUUGUCCGACGUACAGAGGAAACCACCGGACAUUCUGACCGACCUAAGUGAAACUGAGGUUUAUUGUUUGUCCUACCUAAGUGUAUUGGUGCCCGACCGAACUGUUGCUUUGUCCGACGUAAAAUGUUUCCGGCGGCGAGCGAAAUGGUGAAGUGGAAAACGAACUUAAGUGUCGACAUCUUACUGUUUUUUCUCUGUUUGCAUGCAAGUUAAUUUUGGCUUGGAAAUAAGUAUGAAUGACACAAAUUAUUUAAUAUCUUCAUAACAUUUACCGUUCAUAAUUAAUACAUUAUGCUGAUAUUUGUGUCAUUCAGACUUAUUUCCGAGCUAUGAAACUGAACUUAUUUUCAUCGGACAUCAUACAUAUGUCCGAUCCAAAGUCAUCGGACAUUUUGUCAGACGGCCCUGUAAAAGAUAUUUUAAGGCCUGUAAAAAUUUUUGUCAGCCGUUGUUAAUCACUCUUACAUUACUUUAAAUGUAAUUUUGUGUUUAAACGCCCCACGCACAGUUAACUACGUGAUUAGUUAAUUUUAACCAUCCGACUUUGUGCCACGCAGUUAAGUCAUGUAGUUAACUAACUGCAGUUAACGUUAACUUCGUUUUUAUACAACAUGUCCUCCAGGGAACAAUUAUCACUUAUUUACUGAGACCGAGGGAAACAGUGUGUUUUGUGGACCCGAGACCGUCGAUGUUUCCCGAGGCGAAGCCGAGGGAAACAUCGACGGUCGAGGGUCCACAAAACACACUGCUUUCCCGAGGUCUCAGUAAAUAAGUGUUUUAUUAUAUAUCAAUAGUCAAAGAAACAACAAAUUAAAGAACAAAUGAACGUAAAUACAUGAAAUAUUUUAUUGUUAAAACGUUAUAUUAAACACUGGCUACACUGCAGCAGUUACUUAAAGCGAAAGUUUUAAUUACGUACUAGGCAUGUCCAAAGGUCGCACCUUCACGUGAUGGCGCACGUGAUUUUUUUUGGUAUUCGCCGGUGGAUAACGUAUUAUCUCCCUCUCGCGCUGUUGCGAGGUAGACAGCCUAAUUUCGUCACUCUCACGUGAUAUGCUCUCAACCAAUAAAACACUAGAAAAAUGCAACUUUGACUAUUGAUAUAUAAUAAUAUAAUCUGUAACGAAUUUUAAAUAGGGGGACGAAGCUGCACGCAAGAAGAAAACUGAUGAACCUACAGAAGACGCUCCAAAGGAGGAGGAAGAGGAAGAAGAUAAAAAUGAUGAAGAAGAUAAGAAGGAGGAGGAGGAUAAAGAAGAUAAUGAAAAUACAAAGGAUGAAGACACCAAGGAUGAAGACGCCAAGGAUGAAGACACGAAGGAUGAAGACACCAAGGAUGAAGACACCAAGGAUGAAGACGCCAAGGAUGAAGACACCAAGGAUGAAGACACCAAGGAUGAAGACACCAAGGAUGAAGACGCCAAGGAUGAAGACACCAAGGACGAAGAUACUAAACAGGCAGGUGUAUUUUGUAGUUGACGAGAAAAAAUAUUUUCUUAGGGGCUGAUUGCAUGGGACCUUUUGAUAGGGGUGCAAAAAAUAUUUUACUUUUUGGGACCGCAAGAGAACAUAUAAUUUUAAUUUAAUAAUUUUAUAAUCAAGUAAAUCGACACUCGGACGCUGUAAUUGUGUAACACUAACAAGUUAUCAUCAAAUUAAAUGUUAGGCUAUAUUUUAACAGAAAAAAAUUCAGUGCGCUGAGAAUCUAGUUAUACUUAUAUUUUUACUGUAUAUUUGCAGAUGCAAAAAAGGGCACUACUUACGUAACAUUCUUUCUAUUCGUUAAAAUGUUACCUCUUAUUUUCCUUUUAUCCAAUUUUUUUUAUCUAAAGUAUCUUUUUUUUCUUGGGGAAAUAUUUUCUGGGUAAUCCAAAAACUUUCUAUAGGACCAAUGGUCCCGUAGUCCGAUAUACUUUUUUCGCCCCCUGCUUUUUGAGCCUGGAAUUUCGCAUGUACCGUAAGAUGUUUUAAUUAAAACACAGAAAAAACUUACUUCGAGCAUAGUUUUGUAAAAUUAGGGCACAGUAACUGUUGAGAAUGUUAGGCGCGUGCUUUGUCGUUCUAGUGUGUAUUUCCUUACAUCAUGAACAACGCUAACUACAGUAGGGCUAGUAUCUUAGUUCAUGCUGAAAAUCACUCAAUGCUCAUCGUUUGUAGAGUUUGUCUUUAUGCGCGGAUUUUAUGUAGAGGUUGUUUAUAUUUACGUAUACUCAAGUGGAUGGUCAGAAUCCUGCCCGUUAUUUGAAGGUGUGCGUUGUUCAGAGGUUUCAAUAAUAGGAUUUCAAGUAAAAUUUGAACUCACUGUCCGUUAGCAGAGGUUCCGCUGUUGUUCUUACAACAUAUUCCAUCUAUUUAUUUAAUGCAGGGCAAAGAGGAAGCGUCCAAAGAAAAGGAGGACGUGCCUAGGUAAGGAAGGUUUGGUAGUAGUUCUCCAUAAUCCAGAGAAGAAGUUGACGUUUGAUUGGAAUUCCACCAUCAAAGCAUAAGGGUGAGCGGUGCACCUCCCUCACUCGAGGGUAGAUGUCACCCGCAAAUAAACCUUUUUGAACUCGCGACGCAAUGCUAUCUUAGUGGUGACAAGGUGGGAUUCAAAUUGACAUUCAAAUCAAACUUUCAACUGCCAGCAUACAUCAGCAUAAGAUCUAAACAAAUGAGUCAACACUAUGAGGUGAUGAUGUCUGGAGGUGAUCAACAAGCGUGGUGGUUACACCCAUUAUCAAAUCAUUGAUUAAACAGUACCGCUUUGUGCAAUUUCAAUAAAGUCAUUCUUGUUAAUUUGCAUUGGGGUAUUUUUUAAAUCAUUCUUUCAAGAACGAGUUACUGGCAUUCUUCACAGGUUUAAUUACUGUAGUGCUAGGUGUGAUUAUCAGGGACUAAUUUGUUUAGAACUUGUGCUGCCUCAUAUAUUUAGGGGGGAGGGGGGGGGGGGCUUUCUUUUUAUGCGGUGUUUAUUUUAAAUGCAUGCAUGUGUUGAAAGACUAUUGGAUACUUGGUAAAAUUCGUUUACUCUUUUAUUGCAGUGAAGAGUCUGUUGGCAGUACUGAAACCAAAGAGUGACUCUGUGGAACGAGCUAUAUUAACAUAGGCAUUCUUUGUAUGUUCAAUAUGGAUGGCGCGCGAAUAUGAUAAUGUUAAGCUUUGUUUCUUGACUUUGCGCCCGUUUUGAGAAUUUCGGUAUCUUUCUAUAAAGUUCAUAUUUUGAUUCACUAUACAGAAACUUCAUCAUGCAAGUGCUUGUUAAGAACCUCUGCGAGGAAAAAUUGAAAAAUUUUGCUUUAUACUAUUAAGAUCAAUUCCCAACUCGUAUAUGGGUUGUAGAGAAAGCAUUAAUAGUGAGUUUGGCAAAUACAACGGCAACGUCAAUGAAGACACGACCAUGAACAAUAGAAUUUUACUCUAAGACAAAGCCGACUAUAAAUUGUAUUCCCUUAAUGACCACACCAACAGCUAAAACGUUCAAAGUCGUGUGAGCUGUUUUAAGUAGUUUUAAGAGGUAAACAAGGUGUAAUGAUGUAUGCUUUGGCACAGAGUACAUGCAUAUACAGAGUUAUACUAGUGUACCCACUUUUUUUGUGCCCGUGCUCGGCAAGUUACUAUAUGGAUGAAUCCUAUUGGAUGAAAUUGGAUGACCACUCUCUUUGAGUUAAUUUGUUAAGUAAAUCUGUCGUUGCCGAUUGGUUGCCAAACUCUCUAAUACCGUCGUCGGUUACAACGUGAAACUUCACUGUUCGUUUCGAGAAUUCGAAGUUUCAAUAGACCUUUAAUUUCCAUCAUGGCGUCAAAAAUGACAUUUGAUUGGCUCGGCAACAAUUUGCAUCACGAAUUAUUGUGAACAUUGUUCUGUAGCAUGUCGCCUUUACGGGAAAAGCGAGGGGUCCAUUUGCGCAGCAAAUCAACCUGAGGCGAAUCACUACUAAAAUUGGAAACUGUUAAUUAAUGAGUUCUUAACAAACAUGAAAGUUUCAUGUGACCAAUGCAGUGUUUUAUUUAUGACUGAUCUUUUUGGACAAACUCUCUACUUGAUGUACGUAGCCUGUUGAAUAUCGUAUGUCUUUAUUAAAACAAGUUGAUUCAUAAGCCUGUACCAUGUUUGUAUGGUGAAGUAACUAUUAUUGUUUUGUGGUGUGGAAUGUAUGUAUUGUAUGUAUUUAUCUGGCAUUGAUCCGUAAGCCUGGAUCGUCAUCAAUGCAAAUGAUAUAAAACGUAGUUAAUUUUCACGGUUCUGUGACUGGUCGAUUACAACAAUGAAACACCAUAGAACUAAAAAAAAAAUUUUCAAAGAACAAACACUGAUCACUUUUUUAAAGCACAAACAUGUUUAGCUGCAUGUUUACCAAGUGCCCUGUCUCGCACGAUAAUGCGGUAAUUUUGGUUAUAGACACCAAAUUGCCAAUUUCAACGUCUAUUUACACUUCUGAGAGAUGGGUUCUUUUCAGUUUAUAAGUGAUUUUCAGGUACGAUAUUAAAGGGUCGGCAUGAAGCUCUACAGGGUGUCUCAAAAAAACCCAAAAUCAUUGAAAUUGACGUAUUGUUCGAUAUUCAAUGCCCUAGCACUAAGUUAAUCCCACGAGUGCAUAAAAGAUUGACAUAACUGCUAUAAUGAAUGGUAAUACUCAGCGUAAACUUGUUAUGUCAGGCAUAAAGUACUAAACCCACGAAUGCAUAUUACGCAUAUUACAAUUUACGAAGCAUUUUAAAUUCCCAUGAGCAAACAAACGUUCACUUUACAAAGAUAUUUUAAUUUUUUAAAACAAAUUAAUCACCCUGUCAAAAUCCUUUGUGUUACGGCAUUGAAAUUCGAACAAUACGUUAUUUCAAUGAUUUUGGAUUUUUUUGAGACACCCUGUACAGGGUGUAUCAAAAAGAAGGAGACCUUUAGAAAUCAAGCAUAUUGUUAAAAUUUGAAUGCCUUUUCAAUUGCACAUAUGCAGAACCGUAUUGCACAUAUUGCAUAUAUUAGAAAAAGGAGACCUUUAGAAUUUGAAAUAACGUUUAAACAACAGAUUGUCUGCUCCUGGGAACAAUCUGCCAUGUGCUUAGCAAAGUGCUCCAGGAUUCAAAUUAUAACAAUGGUUGAUUUCUAAAGGUCUCCUUUUUCUAAUAUAUGCACUCCAUCAAUAUCACAGUUCAGCAUAUGUGUAAUUGAAAUGGCAUUCAAAUUUUAACAAUAUGCUUGAUUUCUAAAGGUCUCCUUUUUUUUAUACACCCUGUAUAAGAAGAUGUUCUGUGAUUGGUUGAUUAUGACAAUGACAAAAGAAUAAGCUAUAGAAUGGAUUUUCUAAAGAACGAAGCAAGAACAAUAUUCCUUUUGUUUAUGUACGCCAAUGGACCUUUCCCCUUAUAACUAAAAUCUCGAUCUAGACAAAAAUUUCAUCACAGCUUGAAAGAGCAUCACAAAAUUAGUAAUAUUCCAAAGUUUUGUUGCAAAAUCUUGUAAAAUGCGGAUAAUAUAGCCUUGCGAAGUUUGCCGUUUUUCAGUCAUUUUGUAUUACAAACGGGAAAUUGACAUCCGAUUCGGGUGUUGGGGCUGCAAUUUCCGUUUGUAAUGCAAAAUGACUGAAAAUUGCAAACUUCGCAAGGCUCUUUGGAAUAUUACUCAUUUUGUGAUGCUCUUUCAAGCUGUGAUGAAAUAUUUGUCUAGACUUGCCUAGAUCAAAGUUUUGGUUAUAAGGGGAAAGGUCUAUUACGUCUUUUGUCAUUGUCAUAAUCAACCAGUCACAGAACAUCUUCCUAGAGCUUCAUGUUUACUGACGAUAAAACGCAUUCUGAUUAGCAUGACAAUGAAAGCAAAAUAUUAC